AAGAUAUACAACAAUGAGAAUAUGUUAUUAUGAUCUACUAAAUGUUGAACGCACAGCAACUGAUCUGGAAUUAAAGAAAGCCUAUAGAAAGCAGGCUUUAAUAUGGCAUCCUGAUAAGAAUGGCGAUCGGGUGCAAGAAGCAACCGAACGGUUUGCCAUGAUCCAGGAAGCUUAUGAAGUACUUUCCGAUGCCCAGGAACGAGCAUGGUACGACGGUCAUAGAGAUUCUAUUCUACGUGGCGAUGACGCAGCAGUUCAUAAGGAUAGCAGCGCAGGUACCACUUCCGAAGAUUUAAUGCGAUACUUUAGCAUGUCGGAAGUUCGAGGAUUUGGCGAUGAUGACAAGGGCUUUUUCGCUAUAUAUCGCAAACUGUUUGACAAGCUUAAUGAAGAAGAAGAAAGCGCCUACAACUAUGAUCCUCCUGAAAAUGGAGACGAGUAUACCCGAAACCCUUCGUUCGGUAACUCCAAUACGCUUUUUGCCGACAAUGACGGAUACCGCGGCUAUGGUGCAUAUGCGCGCGAUUUUUAUGCUGCAUGGAUGAACUUUAGUAGUGUCAAAUCGUUUCAAUGGAUGGACAAGUGGCGGUUGAGAGAUGCGCCAAAUCGAUUUGUGCGCAGAGCCAUGGAAAAAGAGAACAAAAAGGCCCGGGAAGUAGCUCGCAAAGAAUACAACGAUACUGUGCGCAGCUUAGCAACCUUUGUGCGUAAACGUGAUCCACGCUUCAAAAAGUAUCAAGAAGAGGAACGUCAGCGCAGAGAAACUGCUGCUGCGGAGCAAAAGGCACGCGCGCAACGAGAAAAAGAAGAACAGCAGGCGCAGGCGGCGGCGUACAAGGAACAAGAAUGGGCCAAAGUGGAUCAAAGUAGCCUGGCAGCUGCGGGAUACAUGUCGGAUGAAGCGGAAGAAGAUGAUGACGACGAGGAUGGUAGCGCCGAAGAAACGGAUUUCUAUUGUGUUGUUUGCGACAAGUUCUACAAGAGCGAGCAGCAGUAUAGCAGCCACGAAAGCAGUCGAAAGCAUCUGAAACUGGCGGAAAAGAUGAAACGGGAGAUGAUGGCGGAAGAGGAAAACUUUGAUUUUGCUACUGCUACCGAAACAACAACGCCAGAAACAGCAGCACCAGAAUCUGAUAUGGAUGCAAACGUGCCACUGCAAGGUGAUGAUGAUGAUGAUGAUGGUGGUGACACCAUGGGGCAAGAGGACCUGAAUCGCACAAAAACCUCAAAAAAGAAAAAGAAGGGCAAAAAGGCACCACGGUUUGGUAUUGAACAGGAAGCAGAACCCAGAGAGAAUGUGGAUGAAUUAAGUGCCCUGACAGCAUCGCUUGAACUGGAGCAAUCGCGACGGAGGCGACGGAACGGACGGAAAGAAGAACCAGGACCAGUAGCGACGCCUGCUGGAAACGAUGAAGCGGAUGGCGGCGAGGAAACAGCACCAGUGGAGACGGCCAAAAUGAAGAGGGAGAAGCGCAAGGAAAAGAAGAAGCAAAAGGAAGAAAAGGCAGCAGCAGCGGAACUACUAUGCAACGUUUGUAAUGAGGAUUUCUCAACACGAAACCAACUGUUCAACCAUAUCAAAACCACUGGCCAUGCGCUUGCUGUUCCUUUGAAGCACUCCAAAAAUAAAAGGCAGCGGUAGAAUAAAAAUAAGGCAAAUUGCCAUUGAUACCCCUAACUCCAUCUUUUUUUCAUUUGAUUAGCAAAAUGGAUAGAUGGAAGAGAACGUUUUUCCAGAGCGGCUUCCGUGAAGUCCCGACGCUUGAAGCAUAGGACACAUUACGCCAGAAAUUGACCAAACAAGGAAGGUUGAUUGAUUGCCUGGUCGGUGGUGGCGUGUGUGUUGCACACCUCUUGUUGGCCAAGAGGAUCCGUUCUUGUUGUUGCUUCAUUGUUAUAAGCGGAGGUUAAGAUGGAGGGGGGGCGGGGAGAGUUCACACGGAUAGGUGCAGAAAAGAUCUGCUUACGAAUUAAGAAAGUGCAAUAAAUAGAGUGUUUUGACGAGCAUGAUUU